UUGCACUCAAUGAUGAGGCUCUCGGAACCGAUCCUAGACCUGGAAAUGGCAAACUACAGCGAAGUUUUAGACCCCUCGUAUACGGCACUGGAGUUCGAAACGAUGCAGAUUCUGUAUAACGGCGCCGACGGUUCCGGAGAAGGGGUCAACAUGAACGCUGCCGACGGGGGGGUCAGUAGUCUCUGUGCCAUCUGUGGAGACCGAGCCACUGGGAAACACUACGGGGCUUCCAGCUGCGACGGGUGCAAGGGAUUCUUCAGGCGCAGCAUACGGAAAAACCACGUCUACACCUGCAGAUUCAACCGACAGUGUAUUGUUGACAAGGACAAAAGGAAUCAAUGCAGAUAUUGUCGCUUAAAAAAGUGUUUUCGUGCAGGAAUGAAAAAAGAAGCUGUACAAAAUGAACGGGACAGGAUAAGUACGAGAAGAACCACUUAUGAUGGCUGCAACAUUCCCUCGAUUAGCACGUUGUCACAAGCUGAGACACUCUCCCGCCAGAUCUCAAUCUCCAGUCCUGGUGCUAGCACUGACAUAAAUGUUAAGAAAAUUGCUGGUAUUAGUGAUGUCUGUGAAUCCAUGAAGCAACAACUUUUGGUCCUGGUGGAAUGGGCUAAAUAUAUUCCGGGAUUCUGUGAAUUACCACUGGAUGACCAGGUUGCCCUGCUAAGAGCACACGCCGGGGAACACUUGUUGCUUGGAGCAGCAAAACGGUCCAUGGCCUAUAAGGACAUUUUACUUUUAGGCAACAACUACAUUAUUCAUCGCAACAGCACUGAAGUAGAGAUCAGUCGAGUAGCAAAUCGGAUUCUAGAUGAAUUAGUUCGACCCUUCCAGGAAAUUCAAAUAGACGACAAUGAGUACGCCUGCUUGAAAGCGAUUGUGUUUUUCGAUCCAGAUGCAAAAGGCCUGAGUAAUCCAAUGAAGAUUAAGAACAUGCGGUUCCAAGUCCAAAUCAGUUUAGAGGAUUAUAUUAAUGACCGUCAGUACGACUCCCGAGGAAGAUUUGGAGAACUUCUGCUUCUACUGCCUACACUCCAGAGCAUCACUUGGCAAAUGAUUGAGCAAAUACAAUUGGUUAAACUAUUUGGAAUUGUCAAAAUUGACAGUUUGCUUCAGGAAAUGUUACUGGGAGGUACUUCUAAUGACGCCAGUCAUCUGCAUCACCCCGUGCACCCUCACUUAGCCCAGGAUCCAUUAACUGGCCAAACUAUCCUCAUAAGUUCAAUGUCGGCUCCUGUACAUACAGAACAGAUUUCAACUCCAGAAACUCCAUUACCUUCACCUCCUCAAGGCUCUGGGCAAGAAUACAAAAUGCCUACAAAUCAGGCUUCAGUCAUCGCACAGCAAACUAUUUUGAAACAAAAACCAUUGUGAUAAUGUUUCUGUCUCUGUCUUACCCUUCUUCCCUUCCUUCCCUUCCUUCCUUCCUUCCCUCCCUUCUUCCCCCCUUCCUUCCCAUCUUCCUUUAUAUGCACUAGACAAAUUGGUAGGACACUUGCACAUUUAAAAUCUCAGGAUGAUAAAGGAAAAUAUUUCCUCAGCAGCCACUACUGGGGGUGUUUCUUAAAACACCUUAUGAUUUGGGAAGUGAUGCUCACUGCUCUGACUGCCGUGUACAGCUGUAGCUGUGGACACCGCAGCCGGACAAAUUUGUAUAUAGGUUGAUAUUAUUUUUAGAUCUUUUAACUGCACAGAUUCUUUUUUUUUUUUUUUUUUCCUGGUUUAGUUUUUGUCUUAAUAUUAUUGUUUUAGAUGUGUAUAUAAUUUUUUUUCAUUGUGACGGUACGGGUUAGUGCUUGUUUAGCUGUGAAUUGUAGACAAAAGGCGGGUUAAUCAGGCAAAAGCCAAGAUUCCAUUAAUAGUAAGGCAGCAGGCUCCCAAAUAAAGCACAAGCAUUAAAUAAAAAGAAGAAAAAACUUAAUGGACCCAACCCAUUUA